AUGUCAAAAACUGCUAUCUUGAAUGGACUCAAAAGAUUGACAAAAGUUCCGAUCCGACCUGUCAGGUUUUAUUCUGUGGAAAGUAAUGGUAAGAGGAUAGGAACUAGCACAAACGACAAUGGUGUAAGGCUUUCCCUUGUUUCGGGUAGUCUAAUUGUCGGAAUCGGGUUGGGAUUGAUAUCUUCAAGUUAUUUUGUUUCGAAAGGGGACAAACAGGUGUUCCCAUUACAGUCUACCACACCAUUAACAGCUUUGGAUCCGCCAAGAUACGGCUCGGAUGAAGAUUUGAAACUUUGUAUUAAAGAAAUUAUUCAAACUAUUGGAUCAGAUAACGUGAAGAACACCGAAGCAGAACUGGAUCACCACACUGAUAACGGAUUUAACCCAACAAAACCGCAACCUCAUCAGAAACCGAGAUGGAUUGUGUAUGCUACCUCCACAGAAGACGUAAGUGCUGUUAUGAAGAUCAUCAAUAAAUAUAACAUCCCUGUUGUGCCCUUCUCUGGGGGUACUUCUCUGGAAGGCCACACAUAUUCCACACGGCCAGGUAUUGUCUUGAACACUUCUAAGAUGAACAAAAUUUUGGCUGUCCACCAUAAGGAUUUGGAUGCUGUGCUGCAGGCUGGUGUGGGAUGGCAACAAUUAAACGAAUACUUAGCGAGUGUGCCAGAAUAUAAAAACAUGAUGUUAGGCUGUGACUGUGGUCCUGGGGCUCACGUAUGCGGGAUGGUCAAUACUAAUGCUUCAGGUAUCGGAGCAACAAGGUAUGGAUCCAUGGGUGCUAAUAUCAUUUCUAUCACUGUCGUGUUAGCUGAUGGUACUGUGGUCAAGACCAAAAAGAGACCUCGCAAGUCAAGUGCUGGUUAUAACUUGACAGGCCUUUUUGUAGGUAGCGAAGGCACGUUAGGUAUAGUUACUGAAGUGACUGUAAAAUUACAAGUGAGGCCACCAUACGAAACAGUGGCAGUUGUUCAAUUCCCCACUUUAAAGGACUCCACAAAUACUGUCGCAGAACUCUUCCAAAAAGGUAUUCAAUUAAAUGCAGUAGAAUUAUUGGAUUCAAGCAUGAUGAAAUGUAUUAAUUACAGCAAUUUGGUGAGCAAAAAAUAUGAUAAUGUACCUACUUUGUUCUUCAAGAUUUCAGGAUUGAACAAAACCGUGGUACAAGAAUAUGUCAAGCAAGUUAAACAAAUUUCUCAGGAUAAUCACUGUUCCAAAUUCGAAUUUGCAAAGAACGAACAAGAGGCAGAGGAGCUUUUUUCAACUAGAAAGAAUGCUUUAUAUCUAAUGUUGGACUAUGCCUUCAAUGAAAUUGAUGAAAACGCAAAGAUGUGGAUCACAGAUUGUGCAGUGCCACUUUCCAAUCUUGCAGCUACUCUCGAAGAAUUGGAUAAAAUCACAGCAACUUACCCUCUAACUCAUAUGACCUUGGGUCAUGUUGGUGACGGGAAUAUCCACUAUGAUAUUUUCUAUGAACCGGAUCAGUUUGAAAUUUGCAAACAGCUGGUAGCUGAAAUCAAUGCUGUUACUCUUAAAAAUGAAGGUACGUGUUCUGGGGAGCAUGGUAUUGGAACUGGUAAAAGAAAGUUUUUGGAGGAUGAAUUAGGAUCAGAUACUGUCGAUCUAAUGCGGAAAGUAAAGUUAGCUAUAGAUCCAAAGAGACUGUUGAAUCCAGAUAAAGUACUCAAGAUCGAUCCCUUAGAUCCUAGUAACGAAUGA